UGCCUUUUUCAUCAGUCUGCAUGAAGAAAUCAGUGAUUUUUAUGAAUACAUGUCUCCAAGACCUGAGGAGGAGAAGAUGCGAAUGGAGGUGGUGAACAGAAUUGAGAGUGUGAUCAAGGAGCUCUGGCCCAGUGCUGACGUCCAGAUAUUUGGAAGUUUUAAAACUGGCCUGUAUUUACCUACAAGUGACAUCGAUCUUGUGGUGUUUGAGUGGGAGAAUCUGCCCCUCUGGACCCUGGAAGAAGCUCUUCGGAAACACAAAGUUGCAGACGAGGAUUCGGUGAAAGUUCUAGACAAAGCAACUGUGCCUAUUAUUAAAUUAACAGAUUCUUUUACUGAAGUGAAAGUUGAUAUCAGCUUUAAUGUCCAGAAUGGCGUGAGAGCAGCGGACCUCAUCAAAGAUUUUACCAAGAAAUAUCCUGUAUUGCCAUAUUUGGUUUUAGUAUUGAAACAAUUCUUACUACAGAGGGACCUUAAUGAAGUAUUUACAGGUGGAAUUGGUUCUUAUAGUCUCUUUUUAAUGGCAGUCAGUUUCCUUCAGUUACAUCCCAGGGAAGAUGCUUGCAUCCCCAAUACAAACUAUGGUGUUCUCUUGAUAGAAUUUUUUGAAUUAUACGGACGACACUUCAAUUAUUUAAAGACUGGCAUCCGGAUAAAGGAUGGUGGUUCAUAUGUGGCCAAAGAUGAAGUACAGAAAAAUAUGCUUGAUGGCUAUAGGCCAUCAAUGCUUUAUAUUGAAGAUCCUUUACAACCAGGUAAUGAUGUUGGAAGGAGCUCAUACGGGGCCAUGCAAGUGAAACAGGCCUUUGAUUAUGCCUAUGUUGUUUUGAGUCAUGCCGUAUCACCAAUUGCAAAGUACUAUCCCAACAAUGAAACAGAGAGCAUAUUAGGUAGAAUAAUUAGAGUGACGGAUGAAGUUGCCACAUAUAGAGACUGGAUAUCAAAGCAGUGGGGCUUGCAGAGUAGGCCUGAGCCUUCAUGCAAUGGUCCAGUGUCCUCUUCUUCUGCCACGCAGUCCAGCUCUAGUGAUGUCGAUUCCGAUGCGACACCAUGCAAAACCCCAAAACAGCUGCUCUGUCGUCCGUCCACUGGGAACCGAGUGGGGUCACAAGAUGUGUCCUUGGAGUCCUCUCAGACAGUUGGGAAAAUACAGAGCACCCAAACCACUAACACAUCCAACAACACCAAUAAAUCUCAGCAUGGAUCAACGAGGCUCUUUCGUUCUUCCAGCAAAGGCUUCCAAGGUACAGCUCAAACAAGCCAUGGUUCCUUGAUGACAAACAAACAACAUCAAGGCAAAUCCAAUAAUCAGUAUUACCAUGGCAAAAAGAGGAAACACAAGAGGGACACGCCCCUCUCAGACCUUUGUAGAUAGUCUGCACUGUGCGACGGACUGUCUUCUGUGUGCAGUGAUCUCGUGCUCAGGACAGUCACACAGGGACUCCUGGGGACAGCAGGAGCCUCAUACUGUUCAGACGUUGAUUUAGCAACUGCGUUUUUUCCCAGCUCGCCACAGAAUGGAUCAUGAAGACUGACAACUGCGAAAACAAAAAGCAAGCAAAAAAAAGGGGGAAAAAAAGGCUGCUUAUUUGAUAAGUCAUAUGCUACAACAGGGUCAUUUUAAGAUUUAAAGCUUGAAUGUAAAAUAUUUCCCAUUGGCUUUAUGCAGAGUUAUAGGGAAUAGUAUUCAGUGUGGGUAGGGUGAUAGAAACAAAACACAGUUUCAGAGGAUGGGGUGGGGAAGGCAAACAAAAGUAUCUUAUAGGAAGUCCAGAUUUCAAAGGGGAAAGUGAU